UUGUCCUUGUCUGUUUAAGUUCAAAAGACAGUUUGAUCUACGAGCAUUUCAUUCUGGUGGGAGCCAUCAUGGAGAGAGCUGUGCUGCAAAUCACCCUCUUCGGGCUGCUGCUGGCUUUGGCUGCGACACAACCGAACAAGGACAACUGGGACAUCUACAGCUUUCACAUCAACUCCACAGUGACCAGUCGUUAUGCAACCACUGUCAUCACGAGCCGCAUGGCCAAUCGUAUGGACGAGUCAAAGGAGAUAGAGUUCCACGUCCGGAUUCCCAAGAACGCCUUCAUCAGCAAAUUUAGAAUGUUUAUUGAUGGCCAAGUGUACGAUGGCGUUGUGAAAGGUAAAGAGAAAGCCAGGCAGCAGUACACUGAGGCUGUGUCCCGCGGACAAAGCGCCGGACUUGUCAGUUCUGUCGGAAGGACCCUGGAGGAAUUUAAGACCUCUGUGACUGUGGCUGCUCACAAAAAGGUCACCUUUGAACUCACAUAUGAGGAGCUGCUGAAACGCAGGCUUGGAAAGUACGAGCUGCAAAUCCACGCUCGACCCAUGCAGCCUGUGAAAAGCUUUAAAGUUGAUGUGCACAUUCACGAGAAAUCGGGCAUCAAUUUCGUUGAGGUUAAAGGAGGACUAGCCCUGGCUGAUGCCAUCAACAAAACACAUGCAGACAAUGAGCGGGCUGCAUCACUACCCCGCAGCGAGCACAACACCGCCACUAACACCCAGCAACUCCGCACUUGCUUCCAAUUAGUCGUACUGGCGCACGACCACACGAUCACAGCUCACACUACAUCCUCUAUCACAACACACACCGACCCACGCGAAACAUCCAUCCACAGGUGUCUGAACACCAACUCCGCACCACCGCCACCAAUAACACGCACACAACGAGCCACACCUAGGUGA